UGCAGCGGGGCUCCCACAGUGCCACGUAACAGGCUGCCGCUGCUGUGCGUACUGUGAGUGCGUAGAGUGUGAGUGCGUGUCACAGCCGGGUAGUAGCCGGGAGUGGUACCGUGGUGGCAGCGGUCUACGCCUGGGGGGUUGGGGUUUAAUAUGGGAGGCUCGAACAGCGUGGAAAUCCCUGGAGGAGGCACCGAGGGCUAUCAUGUUUUGCGGGUCCAAGAGAAUUCCCCGGGGCACAGAGCUGGCCUGGAGCCAUUCUUUGAUUUUAUUGUUUCUAUCAAUGGAAUAAGGCUUAAUAAAGAUAAUGACACCCUUAAAGAUCUGCUAAAAGCCAAUGUAGAGAAGCCUGUAAAGAUGGUGGUGUACAGCAGCAAGACACUGGAACUGAGGGAGACAACAGUGACCCCCAGUAAUAUGUGGGGUGGGCAAGGUUUACUGGGAGUCAGUAUACGCUUCUGCAGCUUUGAAGGAGCAAAUGAGAACGUAUGGCAUGUAUUGGAGGUGGAACCAAACUCUCCAGCAGCACUGGCUGGACUGAGACCCCACAGUGAUUAUAUAAUUGGAGCUGACACUGUAAUGAAUGAGUCUGAGGAUCUAUUCUCCCUCAUUGAGACACACGAAGAAAAACCUUUGAAACUUUAUGUGUACAACACAGACACAGACAACUGUAGAGAAGUUGUCAUCACUCCAAACACUGCCUGGGGUGGUGAGGGCAGUCUAGGGUGUGGUAUUGGCUACGGUUACCUCCAUCGGAUACCAACAAGACCCUUUGAAGAGGGAAAGAAUAUCUCUUUGCCUGGACAAGUUCCGGGGGCCCCAGUGAGUCCUCUAAAAGAUGGCUUUACAGAGGUACAGCUGUCGUCUGUAAAUUCCCCACCUACUUUACCUCUUGGCACUGCAGGAAUUGAAGCAAGCAUGUCUGGGCUAUCAAUCGGUGCCAGUUCCCCUGUAGUUAGUAAUGCGAUUAAUGCAGGUUUACCUACUGUGCCAGUGCUCACGCCACAGAUAAAUCCAUCUUUCACCCCUGUCCCUCUGAAUCCAUCUGUAUCGCUUCCAAUUGCAGGUUUGCAGUCCUUUGGACCAUUGCCACCUUUAAAUCUGACAGGAAUGCCACCUCUAUCAGUUCCUUCUCCGUUUCCUGCAUUUCCUUUAGCGCCAAUGGCUGUUGAUGUACCUCCUCUAUUGCUGGACCAUUCCCUGGCACCCACCACCGAACAUGUAACUGCACCUGCCCAAGAUGCGACCCUUCCCGUCACAGAGAAACCUGUUAUUAGCAGCACAGAAGCAAGCACCAAUGAAUCUUCAUAACUCUGAACCUUGUCUAUGGAUUGGAUGGGCUUAAAGGGGAACUUUAUGUUAGAAUUUACUUGAGUAUGAUAUACAUUGAUAUUCUGAGACAAUUUGCAGUUUCUUCUUUUAAAUUUAAUUAACCUUUCUGCUGAGCCUCUUUCUAACCUGAGAUCUAUAAUACUGUCUGGUUGCUAGGGCCACUUCUUGUCUUACUCUACAUGCUAUCUCCUAUCAUUAAACUUCUGUCUGGUUGUUGGGGCAAGUAAUACCCUAGGAGCAGCAUGAAACUUUAAAGGGUAACUCCACAAAAACAUAACUUAAGCUUUUUGAAAAGUAAACAUAAUUUCAAGCAACGUUGCAAAAUACAUUGUUUAAAAAAUAUGCAGACUUUUCAUGAUUUUUAAUGGUUUCUGACAGUUCCUUAAGCCUAGCCCCCUGCUCUCCUGCUGAUCUGUCUCACUACUUUGAUGAGUUGGCUGACUACUGUUACUUUGUAUCAACAGCCAACUGUCCUCAGCCUGCAUCCUCCAAACCCCACAAUUCCCUGCACACGUGAUUUCAAUAAGGAAUGGAACAUCAUAGUGCAAUGCAUUGUGGGUUAUGUAGUUCCUGCAUGCUGUCUGUAAGCUGUGGAGAAGUUGUUACACUUUGUAACAUCAGUAUUUAGACCUUCCUUCCCUGCCAGAAUUUCAAAUAAUGCAGAGAGAGAAGAAAUGUUAAACAGCUGGAUUUCAGCAUAGAAAAUGGCAUUUAUUCAUAGUUUUUGAAGAAACUGGUUACUGUGAUGGGUAUAUUAGGGGUUUCUGUGCUAUGUUGGCCUCUUUAUCAAAUUUUGGUUUGAUAGCCAGAGUUCCCCUUUAAAUUUGAAAUUGUAAACCUGCUGAAGUGUUCAUUGACCACACAAAAGAUUCAAAUGUAAAUUGUCUCAUUUUAGCAUUGUAUCCAUCAUACCACACACACAUAUUUAUUUAGCCACCAGAUGUGUUUCAGAACGCAAUCAUUCAUGUCCUACUAGUUUAUACUUAUACUGUAUGUAGGAGACCUGUAAAUAUAUAAAUAAAGCUAGCAACGGGGGUCCAGAAGAAUGUAAGAAAACUGCAGAUGAAAGAAAUGCCAAACUCUUAAGUGUUUGUAAAUUAUUUUAGCCUAAGACAAUUUGCAGCUGAGGAAUAAUAAUAAUAAUAAAGAUCCACAAUGUACAAUGUAUAAUGUCUGUAUGGUUUAUGCAAUCCUCUAUGAAAGUUUAGUCUAUGGUGGGGGCUGCGUUGUGUUCAGGUCUCUACAAGGGUUAAUGUUGCUGCUUUGCUUUAAAAACAAAAACUACUGUAUAUGGCAUUGAAAAGAUCGAUCCGUUAAGGUGUGUGUUUGAAAUAGAUCACAGGAUCUUCAUUUAAUCUGGGAUAUACUUUCAGCAAUAAAUUACUGGAGUUUUACUUUUA